AUGGGGGAAAGUCUCCCAAGCGGAGCCCAGCACCACAGUGACGCUCUGAGGAAGCCGGUGAAGACCCUCAGGGUUAAGAUGGCACUCCUGGGAAGCUCCGGUGUGGGAAAGUCCAGUCUGGCUAUACGAUUCAGCAAGGACCAGUUCAGCAGUACAUCACCUACAGUGGGCUGUGCCUACUUUACCCGGAUGGUGCAUCUGAGCGACGUCACUUUUCGAUUUGAAAUCUGGGACACUGCAGGGCAGGAGAAGUACCACAGCAUCACCCCACUGUACUACAGAGGAGCCCACGCUGUACUUUUGGUCUACGACAUCAGCAAAAGGGAAACGUUUGUCAGAGCUCAAGUGUGGCUCAAGGAGCUCGAGAAACAAUACAUUGCAGGAUCUACUGUCAUAUGGCUGGUGGGCAACAAGGCAGAUCUCGAUACGGAUCGGCAAGUGUCAACAAGGGAGGGACAGAGUCUGGCCAAUGAAAGGGGCUUGUUCUUUAUGGAAACCUCAGCUCUGUCAGGAGAUCAAGUCAGUGAGCUGCUGCUAGCUAUAGCCCACAGAGUGAACGAGUGCAUCGGAGAGCAGCAGGGAGGUCUGUCGGAGUGGCAGGAGCCAACGCUCGUGGACCUGCGUCAUCCAGGCCGAUUCAAUCCUUUUGGAUACUGCUGCAAAGUCGGGCCCUGAUCUGUGUGACCAUUGGCUGCCUGCUUUUGUUUCUCUCUGUUUGCCAUAAUCAGCAUAAAGCUAAAAAAAUCAGUGCAAAAGCUUGUAGAUUCUGAAUUUGUGGUUCUGCCUCUAAACUAUUGCACACCAUAGCAUGUAUCCGGAUAUGCAUUAGAUUAACCAAGGAAUGCAUGUUUAGUUUGGUUUAUUUCACUGUCACAUUCACAACAAUUGUUUUUAUUAUUAUUGUUAUAGCUCUACUCAACAGAGCUUUAUCCAUUUUUAUUUGUUUAUGGUCUCCAACUGUUUGUACUGAUUUUCCUCAGUGGGUUU